GGACCCGGCGGGGACAGCCGCAGCCGACUUCUCCCGUCUACGGCCGGAGUCCGGACUGCAGCGGCCGCACACUGGAGCCGCUGCGCUUGCGCCGGGCCCGGGCGGGAAGGGGGAGCGAGAACUCCGUGGGCCGCGAGGACCCAAGGGGCAGCGAGGGGCGUGGGGGGUGCGGCCCCCGAGGGCGAUUGGGUGGAGGUCUGGAGGCUACGUUCGCGUGCGUGGGGCGAAGGGGCCUCUCUAGCCGCGUCCCCAGCUUCCGGAGCUGGGACUCGGGAGCCCCAGCUGGCCCCCGGAGUUUGAGCUGCCCAGAGGUGGCAGGGCUGAAGGAGGGGGCGGACGCUGCCGGUCUGGGGCGGACGCUGGCGGUCUGAGCCGGCGCGGCCCGGCCCUUCCGGGGCUGCGCUGCUCCUCCGCCUCGGAGCCGGCAAAAAUGUGCCUAGUCACGGGGCCGCUCUCGGGGGAGUUGAGGUCUCCUCCGGACUGGGACCCGGCGCCCCUGCUCUGCCACCGCCCCCAUCCACGGCCUCCGUGGGCGCGGACUGUGGCGCUAUGCGCCCACGCCGCUGGGCCGUCUAAGGGCGCUCCCUUGCAAAGUAAUCAGUCCAUCCGUCGAUCGCUGGACAUGGAUUUGAUUGACAUACUUUGGAGGCAAGAUAUAGAUCUUGGGGUAAGUCGAGAAGUAUUUGACUUCAGUCAACGACGGAAGGAGCAUGAACUGGAAAAACAGAAAAAACUUGAAAAGGAAAGACAAGAACAACUCCAAAAGGAGCAAGAGAAAGCCUUUUUUGCUCAAUUACAACUAGAUGAAGAAACAGGUGAAUUCCUCCCAAUUCAGCCAGCCCAGCACGUCCCAUCAGAAACCAGUGGAUCUGCCAACUACUCCCAGGUUGCCCACAUUCCCAAACCAGAUGCUUUGUACUUUGAUGACUGCAUGCAGCUUUUGGCAGAGACAUUCCCGUUUGUAGAUGACAAUGAGGUUUCUUCAGCUGCGUUUCAGUCACUUGUUCCUGAUAUUCCCAGCCAAAUCGAGAAUCCAGUCUUCAUUGCUCCUAAUCAGGCUCAGUCACCUCAAACUCUCGUCGUUCAGUCAGUCAUUGCUGAUCUAGACAAUAUGCAGCAGGACAUCGAGCAAGUUUGGGAGGAGCUGUUAUCCAUUCCAGAAUUGCAGUGUCUUAAUAUUCAAAAUGACAAGUUGGUUGAGACUAGCACGGUUCCAAGUCCAGAAACCAAAAUGACAGAAAUUGACAACAGUUACCAUUUCUUCCCAUCAAUGCCCUCGUUGGAAAAAGAAGUAGGUAACUGCAGUCCACAUUUUCUCAGUGCUUUCGAGGAUUCCUUCAGCAGCAUUCUCUCCACAGAAGAUUCCAGCCAGCUGACCGUGAACUCAUUAAAUUCAGAUGCCACAAUUAACACAGAUUUUGGUGAUGAAUUUUAUUCUGCUUUCAUAGCAGAACCCAGUAGUAGCAACAGCAUGCCCUCCUCUGCUACUUUAAGCCAGUCACUCUCUGAACUUCUUAAUGGGCCCAUUGAUGUUUCUGAGCUAUCACUUUGUAAAGCCUUCAACCAAAAUCAUCCUGAAAGCACAGAAUUCAAUGAUUCUGACUCUGGCAUUUCACUCAACACAAGUCCUGGCAUGGCAUCACCAGAACACUCGGUGGAAUCUUCUGUCUAUGGAGACACACCACUUGGCUUCAGUGAUUCUGAAAUGGAAGAGAUAGAUAGUGCUCCUGGAAGUGUCAAACAGAAUGGUCCUAAAACACCGCCAGUACAGUCUGCUGGAGAUACAGUCCAACCCCUGUCACCAUCUCCAGGGCACAGCGCUCCAGCGCGGGAUGCCCAGUGCGAAAACACACCAAAGAAAGAAUUGCCUGUAAGCCCUGGUCAUCGAAAAACCCCAUUCACAAAAGACAAACAUUCAAGCCGCUUGGAGGCUCAUCUCACAAGAGAUGAGCUAAGGGCAAAAGCUCUCCAUAUCCCAUUCCCUGUUGAAAAAAUCAUUAACCUCCCUGUUGAUGACUUCAAUGAAAUGAUGUCCAAGGAGCAGUUCAGUGAGGCUCAACUGGCAUUAAUUCGAGAUAUACGCAGGAGGGGUAAGAAUAAAGUGGCUGCUCAGAAUUGCAGAAAAAGAAAACUGGAAAAUAUAGUGGAACUGGAACAAGAUUUGGAUCAUUUAAAAGAUGAAAAAGAAAAAUUGCUUAGAGAAAAAGGGGAGAAUGACAAAAGCCUCCAUCUACUGAAAAAACAACUCAGCACCUUGUAUCUCGAAGUCUUCAGCAUGCUCCGUGAUGAAGAUGGAAAACCUUACUCUCCUAGUGAAUACUCCCUGCAGCAAACAAGAGAUGGCAAUGUAUUCCUUGUGCCCAAAAGUAAGAAGCCAGAUACUAAGAAAAACUAGAUUUGGGAAGAUCUGACCUUUUUCUGAGCUAGUGGGUUGUUUGUUUUGGGGAUUGUUUUUUGUUUUUUUGUACUGUUAUACUAAAAGCUCCUACUGUGAUGUGAAAUGCAAAAAUAUACUUUAUAAGUAAUUCUAUGCAAAAUUAUAGUCAAAACUAGUAUAGAAGAUAAUAUAAACUUUAAAAAGCAUUAAAAUAAGUCAUCAGUAUGCUGAAUCAGUAGUUUCACUUUAACUGCAAACUUAAUUUCUUAGAACACCAUUUGGGCUAGUUUCUGUAUAAGUGUAAAUACUACAAAAACUUAUUUAUACUGUUCUUAUCUCAUUUGUUACGUUCAUUUAUAUGGUAUCUGGCUAAGAGCAAAUUGUUGCAAAACUAACCACUAUGUACUUUUUUAUAAAUACUGUAUGAACAAAAAAGGCAUUUUUUUAUAUUAAAUUGUUUAGCUCUGGCAAAAACCAAUUUAGUUAAAAAGCUGGUACUAAUAAAGGAGUAUUAUGAUUGUUA